AUGCUUGACGUUUUCGACUUCAUUGUUGAGAAGGGUGGGAACCCUGAGAAGAUCAAGGAGUCACAGAGACGCCGCUAUGCCCCAGAAGAAGCGGUGGACGAAGUGAUCGCGCUUUAUGAGGAUCAUCGCAAGAGUAAAUAUGCCCUUGGAAGCUCUACGUUGUCUCAAUCUGCUAAUUUCAUCUGCACAGCACAAUAUUCCGUCGCCCAGACCAAUACCAAGAUCAACGAAAUCCAAAAGCAAAUUGGCGCGAAGAAGAAGGCAAAGGAGGAUGCAGACGACUUGCUGAAGCAGAAGUCUGAGCUUGGAGAGGAGAAGAAGAACCUCAUUGAACUGGCGGCUGCGAAAGAUGUGACUUUGAAGAAGAAGAUUGGCACGAUUGGCAAUAUUGUCCACGACUCUGUAGUAGUGAACGACAACGAGGAUUUCAAUCCUGAGCUGCGAACAUGGCAACCAGAAGGUGUCAAGGUCGAAAAGAAAGACGUACUUUCACAUCACGAGGUUCUCACGAGACUGGAUGGCUAUGAUCCAGAGCGAGGAGUAAAGGUUGUAGGACACCGUGGAUAUUUCCUGCGGAAAUGGGGUGUUUUUCUGAACCAGGCGUUGAUCAACUAUGGGCUGGAGUUCCUCGAUUCAAAAGGAUAUACCCCGCUGCAGACCCCACAAUUCAUGCUGAAGGAUUACAUGGCGAAGACGGCACAGCUCGAGGAUUUCGACGAGGAGUUGUACAAGGUCGUGGAUGGCGAUGCUCAGAAUGACAAAUACCUCAUCGCUACUUCUGAACAACCCAUUUCUGCAUUCCAUGCGGACGAAUGGCUGGUUGCGAAAGAUCUGCCGAUCAAGUAUGCGGGAUUUAGCUCUUGCUACAGGAGAGAAGCUGGCUCGCACGGUCGAGAUGCAUGGGGAAUUUUCCGUGUUCAUCAGUUCGAGAAGGUGGAGCAAUUCGUUCUGACCGACCCCGAAAAGUCCUGGGAAACCUUCGAUGAAAUGAUUACCAUCUCUGAAGAAUUCUACAAAUCUCUAGGAGUUCCAUACCGUGUUGUAGGUAUCGUCUCAGGGGGGCUUAACAAUGCUGCAGCGAAGAAGUACGAUUUGGAGGCUUGGUUCCCAUUCCAAGGAGAGUACAAAGAGCUUGUCUCUUGCUCUAACUGCACAGAUUACCAGUCAAGGAACCUUGAGAUCCGAUUUGGGGCCAAGUUGCAAACUGAGAUCCGAAAGAAAUAUGUACACGCUCUCAACUCAACCUUGUGUGCAACUGAAAGAGCUCUUUGCUGUCUGCUGGAGAAUUUCCAAACAGAGGAUGGUUUCAACGUACCCGAACCACUCCGAAAAUACAUGCCAGGUGCCCCGGAGUUCAUUCCUUUCACAAAGGAGCUUCCAAAGGAUUCCACUUCGCUGAAAGCCAAGGGCAAGGUUGAGAAUGCACCAAAGCCAAAGGUGGCGCCUGUAGGUGGGGCUGUAGACAAGUUGAAGGACUUGAAGCUGCAUAUGGAGACCCUUCACGCCGAAGGCGAAUCUCCCUUCGUCGUCAGAGAUGAUGCCAGUAUAGCAGCGGUACUUGCCUCGGAAUAUGACGAGAACUCUGACGAGCCCGAGUACUCAUCUUGUCCGGUAGAGGGCUGUGGUGAGCAGCUUCUUUUCGCAGAAUUUGACAGCCAUCUCGAACUUCACGCUGCGGAACAAGAUUCUGGUGAUGGAUGUGACCAUGUAUCCAAAAAGCUCAAGCUUGAGCCGGAGAUGGAGGCUACGUUUGACACCAAGCUGUCACACGCCCUUCGAAACAUCGGCGACGACGACGAUGUCUCCGAAAGCCCCUCUGCUGAACGACAAGCAACGGCUAAAGCUGCAUGGAAGGGCCUCUUGAAGAUGCCGGAAACGUCCUCCAAGAAAGCUGUAGCAGUUGCGUCUAAAAGCGUCAAGCGGAGAUUAGGAAAGUCACAACUUGGCCCCCAUGCAAAUGAGAAGCAGAUGCCUGCAUGGCUCGUCAAGCUCCUCGAAACCGACGGCGCUAUGACCACUGUAAACAGACUUGGCACCGAUGGGAAGUCAAGGAAAACUGAGGUCUGCAUGAACCAUGCUGCAAAUAUCAUUCCAGUUCUGGAGCAGCUUCUCCACCAAGACAAAACUACGCAAUACGCUUAUUUGUGCGAUCCAGCUGUCAGACAUGUAUCUAAGCUGAAGAAGGAGGGUGGCUUUUGUGGGUAUCGCAAUAUUCAGAUGAUGAGUUCAUAUAUCGUCGGAGCUGGAUCACAAGGCCACGAGUACUUGGGUGACAAAAUACCAACAAUCUUUGAAAUCCAAGAUUUUAUCGAGAAUGCCUGGGAUAUUGGCAUCAAUGCCCAAGGUCGCGAAGAGACGGGCGGUAUUAAAGGCACGCGGAAAUACAUUGGAACGCCGGAUGCACAAGCAAUGUUUCUCAGUCUUGGAAUAGCAUGUGACGCCCAAGGCAUAAAACCCGGGAAAGACAGGAGGGCCAAUCCAGCACACAACCUUCUAUUCAAAGCCGUAGAAGCAUAUUUCUCCAACGGCUGUCACUCAAUGACCAUCGUCGGGUUUGAGAAACGCACCGACGGCUCGAAGGACGUGAUAGUUUUCGAUCCCAUGUUCCACGACGCGCCAAACGUCACCAAGUACAUCGGACAGAAGUUUACGCACAAAGCACCUGCGGAUCUCCUGAAGGCUUACCGGCGGGCGACACAUUAUCUCAAGAAAUAUCAUGAGUUUGAGAUACUCAUGUUAACACCACCUAAGCCUACGACGCGGCGUGGAGGUGGAGUAAAUAAUGCUCAAGACACAGUAUGA